UGUUUCCUGGAAGGAAGAGGAAAAUUGGCGAAGAGCGAGAGUGUGACCAUGGCAGAGAAAGGGACCUGUUUUCUGCGAGCAAGGUGGGGAAGUGAAUCUAGCCUUUUUCUGUUAGGGCACCGAUUUUCCAAUUUGGAUUUUUUCAUCUUUGGUUUUUUGCCUUUCUCAUAUGUCUUCAUUCAUGGCUAUCACAUGAACAGUGUUUAAUUUCCUUCUCUUCCCCAACCUCCUCAUUAUUAUUCUUUUCCUUCAAAGAUUCCGUCGAUCUCGUACUUGCUUUUCUGAGAGAGGACGCGUGAGAUCUCGGUGCCCUUCUUAUAUUCCCUCCACCCUCCUCUGUUGAGGUGUUGGGGGUUCCAACUCCGUUGUCUAGGCAAGUCUGUCGAUGGAGGGCCUUCCCAUCGAUUGGAUUGACUUGGCUCAGUCUUUUUACUCUGCAGAGAAGAGUAUACGAUUUGACAAGGGCGCUUUUCUCUUCAGAUUAAAUUUAUGAUCCUCCAUUGUGAGAGCCGAGAACACUUAAGAAGCCUAUCCCUUGUCAGUAGUUCCCAUGCGCCGGAUGGGACUUAUCAGUCUCGGCCUUUUUGUUUGUGAUGGAAGUAUUGAAGUUUGCUUGGAGGUUAUCGAGAGUCACUGAGUUGUGUCGAGGAGAAAGCUUUCUUAAAUGUUUAGAUUCUAUAAGCUGGUUUUCCUUUAGUCACUUCUUGUAAAUUUGUUGUAACGUUAUACCGAGCGCAAGAUUUUAUACGAGCUUCAAAGUCUUGCAGAGUUCGGUUGUUGAAUAUGGGUACUCCUUGUAAAUCUGUUGUUUGGUUUCGGAGGGAUCUUCGGGUUGAGGACAACCCUGCUCUGGCCGCUGCUGCUAGAGCUGGAAGCGUUCUUCCCGUUUAUAUAUGGUGCCCCAAAGAGGAGGGGCAAUUCAUACCUGGUCGAGUUUCAAGAUGGUGGUUGAAGCAGUCUCUGCUUCAUUUGGAUCAGUCCUUGAAAUCCCUUGGCGCGCGUCUUGUGAUGAUAAAAGCGGAAGAUUCUUUUGAAGCACUUGUGGGUUGUGCUAGAGCCGUUGGUGCAAAUCAAGUUGUGUAUAACCAUCUUUACGAUCCUAUUUCCAUUGUUAGAGAUCAUAAAGUAAAACAGAAACUUGCAGAGCUUGGGAUCCAUGUCCACAGCUUUAAUGCAGAUCUUCUGUAUGAACCUUGGGAAGUACAUGAUGAAACAGGACAUGCUUUUACCACAUUUGAAGCCUACUGGAGCAAGUGCAUGAACAUGUCAACUGAACCAAUCACACUUCUUCCUCCAAGGAAUUUGGUGCUAGCAGCAGGACCUGUUCAGAGCUCUACAAUUGAGGAGCUAGGUCUGGAAGAUGAAUCUGAGAAAUCUAGUAAUGCACUGUUGAGUAGAGGGUGGUCUCCUGGUUGGAGCAAUGCAGACAAGACACUUGAUGAAUUCCUUUCUGAACGCUUGAAAGAUUAUUCCAUACACAGGCAGAAGGUAGAAGGAGCCACAACCUCACUGUUGUCACCAUAUAUACAUUUUGGAGAAUUAAGUAUAAGAAAAGUUUACCAGCGCGUAUGGAUGAAGCAAGUGUUGUGGGUGAAAGAAGGAAAUUCUUCUGCAGAGGAGAGUGUGAAUUUCUUUCUCAGGGCAAUUGGGCUGAGGGAGUACUCACGUUAUAUAUGCUUUAAUUUUCCAUUCACUUAUGAGAAGUCAUUAAUGGAAAACUUAAGACAUUUCCCAUGGCGAUAUGAUGAGGGCCUUUUCAAGCUUUGGCGGCAGGGGAGAACAGGAUAUCCACUAGUUGAUGCAGGUAUGAGGGAACUAUGGGCAACUGGUUGGAUACACAAUAGAAUCAGAGUGAUUGUCUCGAGUUUCUGUGUGAAGUUUCUUCAGCUUCCUUGGACAUGGGGGAUGAAGUACUUCUGGGACACACUUUUGGAUGCUGACUUGGAAAGUGACAUCCUUGGUUGGCAAUAUAUCUCUGGAAGUCUACCUGAUGGCCAUGAACUUGAUCGCAUGGAUGAACCUGAGGUUCAAGGCUGCAAAUAUGACCCAGAGGGAGAGUACGUGAGGCAUUGGCUGCCAGAGCUUGCUAGAUUGCCUACUGAGUGGAUCCACCAUCCAUGGGAUGCACCAGCAUCUGUGCUUAGAGCUGCUGGAGUGGAGCUUGGUCAUAAUUAUCCAAGGCCGGUGGUUGACAUAACUUUAGCAAGGGAAUGCUUAAUGACUGCAAUCUCAAUGAUGGAUGGAUUGGAUGCUGCAGCUCAAGCUGCUAAAAUGAAUGGCAUGGAUGAAGGUGUGGCGGACAAUUCAUGCAUUGUUGCAGAAACUACACGUGUUCCAAGAGUCCUGGUGAAAAGGAAUGUUUCUCCCUCUAGCUCAAGCCAAGACCAGAAAGUGCCUACAUUUCAUAUUAAUCAGGGCUGCCCAGAUAAGCACCAUGUUUUAGUUAAUGAUGGAGAUAAAGUGAACCAAACGUACCUAAGAGAUCAGUGCAAACCUGGUUCGUCAAGGAUGGAUGAAGAUUUGAAGUCCACUGCUGAAUCCUCAUCAUUGAGAAAAAGAAGCAUUAGCUCUUCAGAGUGUGUUGUUCCACCUUCAUAUUCUCCUUGUUCGAGCAAUGAGAUAAACAGGCGGGAGCCUUCUGCUACUGGUGAAUCUUCUUCAACACAUUCAUGGAGUGAAAAGUUUGAUAUGGAUACAGAUACUGCAGACAAGGAAGAAUAUGUGGAUGCCCAGGGCAGUAUUGACUGUCCCCGGCCUAGCAAGAGGCCUGCCACACUUGAUCCAUGAGGGCAUCUCCUUGAUUCCACGGGUUGUACAUCUGUAUCAUAGCAAAAAUUGUAAUUGUGUUAAUUUCAUGUUUUUUGGGCAGGAAACAGGCUAAAGGUUGUGAUUGGAUAAGAACAAAGCAAUUUUCUUUUCUUCGAGACCAUCUGUGUUGGAGGGCUUUUUCUAUGCAUUCUACUUUCUGGCCUGCACAGCCAGGACUGCUCAUCGGCCAUGGAUGAAUUUUCAGCCUCUCUCGCCACCUUUUCCUGAAUGAGAGGUGGAAUUUUUCA